CAUAGCCUACCAUGGCAUUUUAUUCACAGAGGUCUACAUCUUAACUCAAUUCAAAAUUAUAUAUCAAGCAAUCUUUAGAAGAGAACCAUCUAGUUACUGAACAUUUUGUACUUUAAACAUCAAAGUUGCAAACUAUUUGAGAAGUAUUCAUGCACCUGAGCAAAUCAAGUUGUUAAUCUGUCAAGAAAAUUGAGAUUAACUGAUCUAAUUUGACAGUGGUAUCGCUUGCUAAAUAUUCAGUAAUUUCUGUGCCCAACUCGUGAAAAUGCGGCUGGCUCAUAUCUUGCUGAUGGUAGGACUAGUAAUGCUGGGAGAGGUACUGUGUGAUAAAGAUGAAUUGAAGAAAGACGUUAAAGAAGCUUUAGAUGGAUUAGGUCAAGCCAUCAAAACGUCAACAGAACAAAUUGGAUCCACUCUAAAAGAAAAUGUAGUAAAACCUGGCGUGGAAGAAACAAAAGAAAUGCAAAAAAAGGUUGAGGAGAAAUCACAGGGGAUGAUAGAAUUUGUUCAGGAAAAGGCAGCUCAAAUCAAGCGUGAUUAUAAAAAGUCUGAAACUCGCUUGGAUGUGGAAAAACUUAAAGAUGCAACGAGACAAAUGGGGUCACAGGUCAAAAAAUGGGCAGGAACAAAAUAUAAACAACACUUCAAAGGAAGUAGAUGAGUGAACACGUAACACAGCCAUACACAAUGGCAUGGAUGUCCACAUAAAUUGAAAGUUGUUAAUAAACGUCUACCCAUACGUAAUAGUAUUUUAUUAUCAGUG